GGCUUUCAAAACCCCGCCCGAAUCACAAUUAACCCCGCCCACACACCGCGAAACCACGCCCUUUGCCAGAAGCUUCUCAGGCGCGGUGCAGUGUGGGAUUUCCUGACCGGCUUCUUCUGCGAUAGACGUGCAAGGAUGAUGCCCACACAGAUUAUCCUGUUGAAGGAGGGGACUGACUCCUCCCAAGGUGUCCCCCAGCUUGUCAGCAACAUCAAUGCCUGUCAGGUGAUCGCUGAGGCCGUCCGCACCACCCUGGGCCCGCGAGGCAUGGACAAGCUCAUGGUCGACAGCAGAGGUAAAGCUACAAUCUCGAAUGAUGGUGCCACCAUCCUGAAGCUUCUAGAUGUUGUGCACCCAGCUGCUAAAACUCUAGUGGACAUUGCCAAGUCCCAGGAUGCAGAGGUCGGUGAUGGUACCACAUCUGUGACCCUGUUGGCUGCCGAGUUCCUGAAACAGCUGAAGCCAUAUGUGGAGGAGGGGCUUCACCCCCAGACCAUCAUCCGUGCUUUCCGUACAGCCACACAGCUGGCUGUGAAAAAGAUCAAUGAAAUUGCUGUUGCUGUGAAAAAGGGUGAUAAGGAGGAGCAGAAGAGCCUGCUGGUGAAGUGUGCUUCCACAGCCCUUAACUCCAAGCUGAUUGCUGUGCAGAAGGAGUUCUUCUCCAUGAUGGUGGUGGAUGCAGUGAUGAUGCUAGAUGAUCUGUUGCCUCUUAAAAUGAUUGGCAUGAAGAAAGUCCAGGGAGGCGCCCUUGAGGACUCCCAGCUGGUGGCAGGCGUUGCCUUCAAGAAGACCUUCUCCUACGCUGGGUUUGAGAUGCAGCCGAAGAAGUACGAGAACCCAAAGAUCGCCCUCCUGAAUGUGGAGCUUGAGCUUAAGGCUGAGAAGGAGAACGCUGAAGUGAGGGUGAAGUCUGUAGAGGAUUACCAAGCCAUUGUGGAUGCAGAGUGGAAUAUCCUCUAUGACAAGCUGGAGAAGAUCUACAAAUCGGGAGCCAAAGUUGUGCUGUCCAAGCUUCCUAUUGGAGAUGUGGCCACCCAGUUCUUUGCUGACAGGGACCUGUUCUGUGCUGGCAGAGUCCAGGAGGAGGACCUCAAGAGGACCAUGAUGGCUUGUGGUGGUUCCAUCCAGACCAGUGUGGGGUCUCUCACAGAUGACGUGCUGGGACAGUGCGCUCUCUUUGAGGAGGUCCAGGUUGGAGGGGAAAGGUAUAACUUUUUCAAAGGCUGCCCUAAGGCCAAGACAUGCACCAUUAUCCUGAGAGGAGGGGCUGAGCAGUUCAUGGAGGAGACGGAGCGGUCGCUGCACGAUGCCAUCAUGAUCGUCAGGAGAGCCAUCAAGAAUGAUUCUGUUGUGGCGGGAGGUGGUGCCAUUGAGAUGGAGCUGUCCAAGUACCUGCGGGACUAUUCCAGGACCAUCCCAGGCAAGCAGCAGCUGCUGAUCGGUGCCUACGCCAAAGCACUGGAGAUCAUCCCCCGCCAGCUCUGUGACAACGCUGGCUUCGACGCCACCAACAUCCUCAACAAGCUCCGGGCCAAGCACGCCCAGGGCGGUAUGUGGUAUGGUGUGGAUGUGAACAACGAAGACAUUGCUGACAACUACAAAGCCUGUGUCUGGGAGCCAUCCAUCGUCCGAAUCAACGCUCUCACUGCAGCCUCGGAGGCUGCCUGCCUCAUCCUGUCUGUCGAUGAAACCAUCAAGAACCCGCGCUCCACUAUGGACGGGCCCCCUGGAGGGCAAGGCAGGGGCAGAGGCCGCGGCAGGCCGCACGCCCACUAGAGAGUGCCGGUUGGCUGUUUCAGACAGUCACAGGACGAGCUCGUAGAGUAGUUCUUGGGCCAGUCUGGAAGGCGUGUUGCCCCCUCCCCCCCUCACUUCCAAUACGAUUUGGCACGGUUUAGAUGCAUUGAUGACAUGCAAGCCUUAAAAUAAAUUUAUCUUUGAUUAUUUUGGUUUCUGUGUUUGAAUAUUAGCACAAGUUAAAAGCUUUAAUGUAGGGUUAAAAUACGAAAAUGUUAACUAAAAUAAACACUUUUCUGUCACGAUGCCAUGUUAAUUGCCCUAUUGACCAAAGCAAGUUAUUGUGGAACAGUCUCUUUUUUUAAAUUACAGGGUUAGCUGGCUCACAUUGCACCUUUUCUAUAGCAGUUUUUGUUUGCUAUAGUUGUAUCAUUCUGGGACAGUGUUCUUCAGGUGGAUGUGGAGGUUUUCCUGUUCUAGCAUAUUCCAUCUUGGCAGCUUUAGAUUCAAGUAGGAGAGCAGAAACUGCUCUAUUGUGGUACUGCCGUGGUGUCUGUAUCUGCUCAUCGACUGGCUGAAUUGCAGAUUGAUGAAUUAGGUACCCAGUCUUGGAUAAAAGUCUUGCCUUGCUGUCUUUUUACAAGUCUAAUCGGAUUGCCAAUCUAACAAACCAACCAACAUAAGCACUCUUGCAGUUUGGGGGGAGGGUGUAUUUCUGUGGAUGUUCUGCUGGUCACUUGGGUGUUUUGCUGUAAGCCACUUCUGUUUUUGUAACUAUUUAUUUUUUGUUUUGCAAAAAUGACAAGUAAACCCCAAUUGGCAAAAUA